UCCCCUUGUUAUUCGCUGCCCGGCAACUCCACGGGCCGUAGGCGCCGUCGUUCACCGGCGCCUCGCCCAAUCGGAGCGAAGGUGGCGCCGGCUUCAUCCAAUGCGCGUGGCGAGGAGGCGGGCGGCAGGUGCUGGCCCAGAGCAAAGCGCUCUUUUGCCGCCCCCCUUCCGCUCUGCCCGUCGCCGGGCCGCUCGGGCGCUGCGCUGACGGCAGCUGGGGGCCGCCGCCUCCGAGGGGACCGCCCGCGGCUCAGGUGCUGCCACCCUCCUGAAAAUAUGGGGUCUGAAAACCCAAGUCCGCAGAACCCUGGCUGUAAGAUUAUGACCUUUCGUCCCACUCUUGAGGAGUUUCGGGACUUUGGGAAAUACGUUGCUUACAUUGAAUCACAAGGAGCUCACCGAGCAGGGCUUGCCAAGGUGAUUCCUCCCAAGGAGUGGAAGCCCCGAAAAACCUAUGAUGACAUAGAUGAUAUGGUUAUCCCAGCUCCCAUUCAGCAGGUGGUUACUGGCCAGUCAGGAUUAUUCACCCAGUACAAUAUACAGAAGAAACCGAUGACUGUGGGAGAGUACCGGCGUCUGGCUAAUAGCGAGAAAUAUUGUACGCCACGCCAUCAAGAUUUUGAAGACUUGGAGCGCAAGUACUGGAAGAAUCUCACUUUUGUCUCACCAAUUUAUGGGGCUGAUAUCAGUGGCUCUCUGUAUGACGCAGAUGUGGAAGAAUGGAAUAUUGGCAAUCUGAACACCCUGUUAGACAUGGUGGAACAUGAGUGUGGUAUUAUUAUAGAAGGUGUAAACACUCCCUACCUCUACUUUGGGAUGUGGAAGACAACGUUUGCUUGGCAUACAGAAGACAUGGAUCUCUACAGUAUCAACUACUUGCAUUUUGGGGAGCCAAAAUCCUGGUAUGCCAUACCUCCAGAACAUGGCAAGAGAUUGGAACGCUUGGCGAAAGGAUUUUUUCCUGGAAGCUCUCAGGGAUGUGAUGCUUUCCUCCGUCACAAGAUGACCCUCAUUUCACCCUCAAUCUUGAAGAAGUACGGCAUUCCUUUUGACCGGAUCACCCAGGAAGCUGGAGAGUUUAUGAUUACAUUUCCUUAUGGUUACCAUGCUGGGUUCAAUCAUGGCUUCAACUGUGCUGAGUCAACCAACUUUGCCACAUUGCGUUGGAUUGACUACGGAAAAAUGGCAACUCAAUGUACGUGCCGCAAAGACAUGGUGAAGAUUUCCAUGGAUGUCUUUGUGAGGGUUCUGCAGCCAGAACGUUACGAUUUAUGGAAACAAGGAAAAGACAUUGCUGUCCUGGACCACAUGAAACCUACAGCUCUGACUAGCCCAGAACUAGAUGCCUGGAAUGAGACGAAGGCAGACUUGAAGGCCAAAUUGCUUCGCAGGAUAGGAGAUGAGGAAGAGGACAACAAACACCGGUCUCACAGAAAAAGAAGUCAACCCAGAAGACAUAAAACAGAGGAUCAGAAGUCUCUGGGGGAUGUCAUGGCUAUUGAAACUGCCUUGGAAGAUGUGAAAGUGAAAGAGGAACUAAAAAGAGGGCCAGACCUAGAGGAAGAAGACAGAAGCAAAGUGAUUGAGGGAGAAGGUGACAGCAAAGUAAAGGCUCGUCCUCCAAAAGUAAAAGGUGAGAGGAAGAAGAAGCAUCUUUUCCAUCAGCACCAGCACCACCUGCAAACAUCUCAGCCUCUGCAGCAGCAGCAGCAGCAACAGCUGCCACUGCCACCAGCAGUGCAGCAGCAGGCAGAGGAGGAGGCAGCAGCGGCGCGGCCACCAGUACCCACUGCAGCACCUGCAGCAUCCGCAGCAGACAAGAACUUGCUGACCACCCCCCUCAACAUUGUCCAGCCCUCAGAGGCACCAGUUGAGGAAGAUGACUUUAAGCCUCGUCCCAUCAUUCCCAUGCUUUAUGUGGUUCCACGGACCAAAAAAGUGGUGUUUGACAAAGAGCACAUGUCCUGCCAGCAAGCGUUUGAGCAGUUUGCGACUCAGAAGAGUCCUGGUUGGCGGGAGCAGACAGCCUCUUUGGAAAUCCCUGUGAAAGAGGAGGAGAGUGCAGAAACAGAAAAUACAGAGAUUGCUACAGAGACUGCUGCUUUUUCAAAAAUGAAGAUGGAGAUAAAGAAAAGUCGUCGUCACCCAUUAGGCAAACCACCAACCCGCUCCCCAUUGUCAGUGGUUAAACAGGAGACCUCGAGCGAUGAGGAAACAUUUCCAUUUUCUGGGGAGGAAGAUAUGAGUGACCCAGAGGCUUUGAAAUCUUUACUUUCCCUCCAGUGGAAGAAUAAGGCACCUAAUUUCCCAGCUGAAAGAAAAUUCAAUGCAGCUGCUGCCCUGAGUGAGCCAUACUGUGCUGUCUGUACCCUCUUUUACCCAUACAACCAGUCCUUACAGGUGGAUAAAGAAGCUGUCCCAGUCUCUGUAGGAGAGACCACCUCUUUUGUCCACCUUUCUAAGUGCGGACAGAAGACAAAGCCUCUGAUCCCAGAGAUGUGCUUUACCUCAAGUGGAGAAAACACAGAGCCCCUUCCUUCAAAUUCAUAUAUUGGAGAAGAUGGAACCAGUUCCUUGAUAUCCUGUGCCAAAUGCUGCCUGCAGGUUCAUGCUAGCUGUUAUGGAAUACGUCCAGAUUUGGUGAAUGAAAGCUGGUCUUGCUCACGAUGCUCAGCCAAUGCAUGGGCAGCGGAAUGUUGCCUGUGUAAUCUCAGGGGAGGAGCUCUUCAGAUGACCACUGAUGGGCGAAAACAUUUAGUAUCAUUCAAGAUCAAAUGCCUAAGAAGAUUCAGCCCUAUUGUUCCAGAGACCUUUAUCUUGGCAACAGUGAUUAACAAAUUAGUUAGUAAUGUUGCCAUGGCUGCCAACCACCACCAUAAACAUUCCUUGGUACUGUGGGUCCAUAUAAUUUGUGCUAUUGCUGUCCCUGAGGCCCAUUUUCUCAAUGUAAUAGAGCGUCAUCCUGUGGAUAUCACUGCUAUUCCAGAGCAAAGAUGGAAACUGAAAUGUGUGUACUGUCGAAAGCGGAUGAAGAAGGUGUCUGGUGCCUGCAUCCAGUGCUCCUACGAGCACUGCUCCACUUCCUUCCACGUGACCUGCGCGCAUGCUGCUGGCGUGCCCAUGGAGCCCGAUGACUGGCCCUACGUCGUGUCCAUCACUUGUUUCAAACACAAAGCAGCCAACCAGAAUAUUCAGUUUCGAAGGGAGGUGACCCUUGGACAGACUGUGAUCACAAAGAACCGGAAUGGACUCUACUACAGAUGUAAAGUGAUUGGCAUGACGACACAGACUUUCUAUGAAGUAAACUUUGAUGAUGGGUCAUACAGUGACAACGUUUACCCAGAAAGCAUUAUUAGCAGAGACUGCAUCCAACUGGGACCCCCUCCAGAGGGUGAGAUGGUUCAACUGCAGUGGACAGAUGGAAUUAUCUAUAAGGCCAAGUUUAUUGCAGCCCAGAUCAGUCAGAUUUAUCAGGUUGAGUUUGAAGAUGGCUCCCAACUAAUGGUAAAGCGUGGUGAUAUUUAUACCUUGGAGGAGGAGCUUCCAAAGAGAGUGAAGUCUCGCUUGUCCCUCAGCACUGGGGCCCCUCAGGAAGAUGUAUUUUUGGGAGAUGAAAUGAGAGCAGCCAAGCGUCCCCGGCUGGGGAAUGCAAGGAAUCCUGAAGAGUACGGACAAAACCCAGAUUACUUGGCCUUUAUGGAGAGCCUGUUGCAGACACAGUACCAACCUGGAACUCAGAGCAACAUGUUUUAACCAGGAUUAAUUAAAUAUGAAGUUAACCCUUUUCAAGCCUGUAGAAAAAUAACCAGGAAGCUCCGGAAUAUAAGACCAGUGUUGUGCAAUACCCUGCUGUGAACUCCUUUCAUCAUCUUCUGGUUUGGACUGCAAGAAAAUCCUGUCUGGCUGCACGCUACCUCUACUUUGCCAGACCAAUGGGACUGGGAGCCUGAGAAACCUUCAGACAGCAUUUCACCUGGAGACUUUCCAGCAUUUGUACUGAUGGAGCUUUGUGAUUAGCUCCUUUUUAUAAGGCUUGGAAAGGGUUAAAAUUUGACUAAGUGACUUUUUAAAAUACGUCAAACUCUUUUGUCUUUAAAGGUGCUAUUACAUUGACUACUGAAGCAGCCUUUGGAAUUGUGUUUCCUGUAAAUAGAAGUCAACUUUGUGAAGUUUUCUAUAAAUAAGCACUAUUAAAAAAAAAAAAAAAAGCAAACGAAAAUAGGAAAACAAAAGUUUCCACAAAACAUUUUUCUAGAUUAUGGCUUUAAAACAGAAAUAAAAUCCUCCCCUCUCUCACCCCUCAAUGAAAUGUGACUAAUAUUACACUGGGGAGAGAGAAAGCAAGAACAGAUGUCCUGGAAAGUUCUGGGUUCCUUUUUGUAAAGAAACACUAUCUCAUUUGUAAUCUGGGGAAGAUGGGGAAAGAAAUGUUUCAUAGCUGGGAUGUUUCUUACUGUUAAUUCUCUUAAAGAAGUGAUAGAUGUGUGCAUUUCUGCCAUGUCACCAGGAAGGGACGUAGUGAAGCAAUGGCCAGGUUCUGGUCAUUCUUGUCAUCUUCCUUUCCCAUCCUUGCCAUCUAAGUUGCUUUCUAGUUUAUAAAAAAAAAAAAAAAAAAA